AUGGACGAAUGCGGAAUACGUGGUCCCACAAAUAAUUGGUUUAAAAACUACCUUACUAAUAGAAAAAUAAGUACAAUUAUCUCCCAAGUGGUUGGGAAAGAGGCGGAUGUCGAUUCGGGUGUGCCUACUGGAUCGGUGUAUGGCCCUGUGGGGUAUAUAAUGUAUGUGAAUACUGUGUCGAAUGUCGUGCAUAACUGUAAGGUGUUCAUGUAUGCUGAUGAUAUGUGUCUUGUUUAUGCAUCCAAAGAUAUAACUGAGGUACAAAAGUGCAUACAAGGUGAUUUUGAAAACAUUAGCAAAUGGGCACACGACAAUGGCAUUAUAUUAAAUCUUCAAAAAACUAAAUGUAUGCAUAUACACUCGCCAUAUAAUAGAAAUGCUAAAUGUGUAAAAAAUGAAGAUCUAACAGUGAUAGGACAUACAUACGAAUGUAUGCAUAGAAAUAAAUUUAACUGUAACUGUAAAAGAUUGGAUUAUGUAGAUAAAUUUAAAUAUUUAGGUCUAACAAUAGAUAAGAACUUUAACUGGAGAAUACAUAUAAAUGACAUUUGCAAUAGGCUAAGAUCUGUGUUAAGUAAGUUUUACCAAUUAAAAAAUGUAUUGAACAAAAAAACUUUAAAAAUAGUAUAUUUUGCACUUGCUGACUCGCUUAUGAGUUAUGGACUCCUUGUAUACGGGCGAACCUUUAUUACAUAUCUAAGAGAUAUCAAAGACAUACAAAUAAGACUGAUUAAGUUUUUAGUUAGUAAAAAUAUUAAAGAUAAUUGCAACAAAGACUAUGAUAAGCUGUUUUCCAUUUGUAAAAUAAUACCCAUAGAUAAAAAAGUAGAAUAUUUGAUAGGUCUGGAAUAUUAUUAUAAUGAGAAAUAUAAAGUGAAUGUUAAAAACAAGUACAACACACAUAGGGUUAGAGAAAACAAACUGGUUCUACCAAAAAUAACGAACUAUUAUGGUAAGAGAACAUCUAAGUAUUUGGUAGCUAAAGUGUUUAACAAAAUAGAUCUACUAAGAGAAAAAGUAAAAAUUAGUAAAGGAGCACUUAAGAAAAAAUUGAAAAACAUUAUACAGGAUUGUUAA